UGGUCCGUACAACUAUUUAGGAGCAUUUACGGAAUGUACAGCACGAGGCGGUUUUGUUACAUCAGUGCUUUCAUUUAAUGAAAAUAGUUUUAUUAACGGUUUGGUUGGUGGCUCUGCUUACUGGAUUGGACUAAGAAAAGUUGGAAGAACAUGGAUGUGGCAAGACGGAACAGCGGCAUCCUUCACCAACUGGCGACCUAGUCAACCUGAUGGAUGCUGUGGACCCGAUGUUACAUGCACAAUUGUCAACUAUGCUAAUGCCGGCGGUCAAUGGGAUGAUGCUGGUUGUACGACAUUAUGGCGCAAUCCAACUAACAUUGUAUGCAAAAGAGCAGUACAAUAG